CCGACGAAAGUUAAGAAAAAUGCGGAGUAAUCUAGUUAAAGGCGUUCAACAAAAACCAAGAAUAGUUAUUUAUAAAUCCAACCGUUAUUUAUCAGUGCAAGCGAUCGAUGAUAACCAAGGCCAUACCAUGGUUGCGGCUUCUACGGCCGAUUUUAACCAAAUUAAUACUAAAUUCCGAAAAAGUAAGGCUUGGGCUCAAAAAUUAGUGGAAGCCAUGUCUAUUAAGUUAAAAAAAACAGGGAUAAACCAAAUUGUUUUUGACCGCAAUGGUUAUCUUUAUCAUGGUAAAAUCAAGAUAUUUUGUGAAACCAUGCGGCAAUUUGGCAUUCAAUUUUAG